AAAAAAAAACAGUAGUACUGGUUGGCAGUUGCCCUUGCAUUCUAAUUAGUCCUUCCCUCACCAAGAUGGCGGCCUCCUUGGGCAGAUUGUGUGUGACCGGCGUGAGGGGGCUUCUCUGGAGCAGGACCCCGCUAUCUUCCCUGCCCCUGGGGGUCCGCUCACUAUGCAGCCCCCCAGAAGAGUUUGUUGAGGUCUCGCGGUAUAAGGAGCAGCCCUGGGAGUACCUGAACAGUGAAGAAUACUUGGAGCGUUAUGGACAGAGACCCGUCUGGGCAGACUACAGAAGGAACCACAAAGGAUCAAUCCCGCCGCAGAAAACCCGGAAAACCUGCAUUAGAGGAAAUAAAGUUUGCGGGAAUCCCUGCCCUAUCUGCCGGGACCAGAAUCUUGGUGUGGAUUACCGGAACGUGAAGUUACUCCAGCAGUUCCUCUGUCCGCAUACAGGAGCCAUGCAUCACCCCACCAGAACAGGCGUGUGCAUGAAGCAGUACAAGCGCCUGGUGAAGGCCAUAAGUGAAGCCGAGGACCAUGGUCACUUGCCAGUACUGAUCCCGCACAAGGAUAUAACAUUUGGAGACUGCUCCCGAAACUAUGGUGCGGUGGCACAAACUCCUCCUGCCCCACCCGGCCCAUGGUAUUCCUGGUAUGAGUGGCAAGAGCCGUCUGCAACGGAGGUGGCAAAAUUAGAGAAGCUCUAUAAGCCCUACUGGAAGCAGAUGAUGGGGGAGCAGUGAAGAUGCAAAGGGUUUUGUCUUUUUUUUUUUUUUAUGUAUAUUUUCUGUAUUCAACAGUGAAUAAAGUAAGAUGUCUGCUAAUAA